CAGUAGCUGUGUGUUGGUAUUUAUGCCAGACUGCAGCUCUCUCUGAAUCCCCCUCCUCUCCGCGCAGCAGAUUAUCGGACCAAACCAUUGCAUUGCAGUUCAGGUUUUAACACCUGUCACAUGAGGCUUUACAUUUGGAAAUCGCCGGCUAUCGAUGCAGCUGAGCAAGUUUACUUUACAACCCUGCAGACGAUUAUCGGACACUGGCGUCCUGCACACGCUGCCACAGUGCAGCUCUCUGUGAGAUGUGCUGCCAAAUAGCACCGACACCCCUAUUGUGCGACUGGCAGCAUCACCCACUGCCUGCAAUGGCGUUGGAGCGGCUCUAGUAUGUCCGAGCGUUUCUGUAGUGGCGAUUCCGUCCCAGACUAUUCAUCAUCGAGGGAGAGAAAUGUUAUUUGCGAAAGAUUUCUGCAACCAGAGCCCGGACAUUUGCUACAACUUUAUCCUCCGGAUUGCGUUUUUUUAUUUAUGUCAAGCGUCCAACGAAGCCGGAGCCAUGAAUGUGCGACGAGCCUGAAGGAACAAUAACCUCACCUGGUUUCAGAUUAAGUGGUGCUGCAGUAGGUCAAACUAGACUCCUAACUCCUACGCUUUAAUGAGGCCAGAGCGAUGCAGACAUCUCCUCUGAAUCCAAAGACAUCAUCAUGCUGAAGACGGAGGCCUCGGGGGAGAGGACCAGCCUCCGGAGUGCCUCCCCCCACCGAAAUGCCUACCGGGCUGAGUUUCAGGCACUCAAGAAGGCCUUUGACCAGCCUCGGAUUGAUGGAGACUCGAAGCCUAAAGAUCUUGAGCGGGUGAAACAACCUAGGGGCCGCCAGUAUGGCAGCCAUGUCAGUCGCAUUAAGGACAUGUUCAUGCAAAUGGGCUCAGAGACUGCAGGAGCUAAGACGAAGCGUCGUGAAGAUUCCUCGCCACAAAAGCUGGUAAAGCCCACCAACUUCAUCAAUAAGGCUGAUGGAUCUGUUAUAAAACUCCAGCAUUCCUCGUCAGCUGAUAGGGUUGGAGGUGCUGGGGCAAAGUUUUCUGAGACCAGGAAGCUAUUUGAACAACAGUCACGUGACCAGUCCCAGUCACCGGUCUUUCCCUACGGUCGCGAUAAACGGGGUUCUCAUGAACACCUUGAUGACUGGCGAGGGGCAAGGUCCAACCGAGGAAGUACUGACUCCUUGGACUCACUGUGCUCCAGAACCGAGGCGUCCUCACCGACUGUCAGUCAACUCAGUGCUGUUUUUGAAAAUGCCGACCACCAGAACCAGGGUGCUUCCUACAGAGGAGUCAGCCGCCGAGCCCUCUACUCACCUGACGGAUUCCAGCGUAGCGGAGGCGAUCUCAGUGAGGACGAUUCACGUCAAUCUCCAGUUCGUGGAACCCACCGGAACCGGGCAGGGGGCAAGUUUCCCACAUCCUCGUCUUCUGAGGACCUCUUGAGUCCCAGUCCUGUUCCAGAAACUUCAGAACAAAAAACAAAGGCUCCGCAAGAGGAAGGACUGCAGGAGACUACUAAAGGAGACAGACAGCAUUUGUCUGGUGCCACCACCAAUGGAAACCAGGUUAAUGGGUCUUGCGAAGAAGAAGAAGAAAAACCUUCAGACGUAAGGAAACAUAUUGACGAGGUAGACAUCUCCAAAGCUUCGAAACCUACACAUGGUGCUCUAAUUACCAAUAAGGCUUUUGAAGAUGCCACUCCUGAACCGCUGCCGACCCCAACUACACCUAGUGGGGGGAACCAAGAGAACAGGGACAUUUCAAAGGAAGACAAGCCAUCUGAAUCCCCCAAGGACCACGAGGAAGACCCUGACGAGGAAUACACUGGGAAUGAGCGGGUGAUUUUUAAUGCAGAUGGGGACGCCUGUUACCAGGGUUGGGGGGAAAGCUGCACGGAUCCUGAGGAUGACCUCUACGGCGACGAUGAGGAUAUUGUCUAUGACCCAGGCUCCGACUUGAACGAGAUUCCUGGUCUGCCGGAAGAAAACAAAGAGGACAUCCCUCCAAAGAGGAAGAUACGCUUCAGCACUGCUCCAAUUACAGUGUUCAACACCUACUCCAACGAAGACUACGACCGACGCAACGAGGAGGUGGAUCCGGUGGCCUCCUCCGCCGAGUACGAGUUAGAGAAGAGGGUGGAGAAACUGGAACUCUUCCCCGUGGAGCUGGAGAAAGAUGAAGAUGGACUCGGGAUCAGCAUCAUCGGCAUGGGCGUUGGAGCGGACGCAGGCCUGGAGAAGCUAGGCAUCUUCGUCAAGACCGUCAUUGAAGGUGGAGCUGCCGAGAGAGACGGCAGGAUCAAGGUGAACGAUCAGAUCGUGGAGGUGGACGGGACCAGCCUGGUGGGCGUCACCCAGAGCUUCGCCGCCUCCGUCCUCAGGAACACGUCAGGAGUGGUCAGGUUUGUGAUUGGCCGUGAGCGUCCGGGUCAGCAGAGUGAGGUGGCCACGCUCAUCCAGCAGACCCUGGAGCAGGAGAGGAGACAGAGAGAACUACUAGAGCAGCAGUACGCCCAGUAUGACGCAGACGAUGACGAGACAGGGGAGUACGCCACAGACGAUGAAGAGACAGGAACCACGGUGGCGGGCGAGGAGAAGAGCAUCGAGGUGUUUGACUUGCCGGAGACGGAAGACAUCUUGUCUCCAUCGGAAUUAGACGCCACUAAACUCUACCAGAAGUUCAGAGAGCUCCAGAUCAAACACACAGUGACUGAGGCCGAGAUCCAGAAGCUCAAAAACAAGUUGGCGUCGGUGGAGAGGGAGAAGCAGCGCUGGGAGAAGGAGAAGAGCCAGCUGAAGGCCAGCAUAGAGGAGAACAAGGAGAGGAUGCUGAAGCUGGAGAGCUACUGGAUCGAGGCGCAGACUCUCUGCCACACCGUCAACGAGCACCUGAAGGAGGCCCAGGCCCAGUACCAGACUCUAGAGAAGAAGUAUAACAAAGCAAAGAAACUCAUCAAAGACUUCCAGCAGAAAGAGGUGGAGUUCAUCCAGAAGGAAGACGCAGAGAGGAGGCGGCUGGAGGAGGCUGAGAAAGCUCACCUGGCUGAGAUCCAGGGACUGCAAGUCAGGAUUGCGGCAUUAGAGUCUGAACUAAUGCAGCUGAUGAAGCAGAACGGUAUCCAGGUCAACAACAACAACAGCAACAGUUCGGAGAGGCUCAGUGCUCAGCAGCGCAGCCCCAACAGAGCCGCAGCACAAGCCAGAGACCUGAGGGAGGGCUCUCCCCACUCGCCCAGCAAAAAGAAGGGCUACAGAGGAGCGGCUCGAGACAGCAUCAGCUCCGCAGAAGGAGAGGUCUCUGAAGUACAGGGCAGUCCAGCUCACAGUCGCUCCGGUUCGAUUCGUGGCGUGGCCUCUUGUGAGGGAUCCGCCGUCUUUAGAGGCCCUGCUAGUGCAGAGGGCUCCCCCAGAAGAACAGUGCACGGUUCACAGUCUCCUACGAUGUCAAGCCCGUCUCAUGGUUUGGAAGGCCAAGCUCUGGAACCAGGGUCCUCCCUCAGGAAAACUUCAGUUAAGGACAAAGAUCCCAGAGCAUCGCCCGGAAACAGCUCCACAGACCCAUCAGCAGAGGACAGUCCAGAGAAAAUCAAGGCCAAGACCUAUCUUACAUGGCCCCACUUCUUCUCCUAUUCAUAUUAUUUGGGACCCACUCUGAGCGAUGAUCUGAGUGCCAGCAGCAGCAGCUCGGUGGAGAUCAGCGGCCUGCUCGGCGAAGCCAAGAUGUUGGGACGCGCGCACGCCCCGGUGCUCUCCUCAGACGAGAGUCUGGAUAUGAUCGAUGAUGAGAUCCUGGACGAGGCGCAGCUAUCGAAGCAGUACCAGUGGCAAAACCGCAGCAUUACAGAGUGGACUUCCCAGCAAGUGGCCCGCUGGCUCAUGGGCCUCAACUUAGAACAUCAUAUCCCAGAAUUCACUGCCAAAAACGUUGAUGGGGAGCAGCUGCUACAGCUGGAUAGCACCGAGCUCAAGGCCCUCGGAGUCACCUCUUCCCAGGACCGUGCGCUGAUCAAGAAAAAGAUCAAAGACCUUAAAGUUCUGAUGGAGAAGGCCAAGAAGAACCAAGAAAAGGUGGAGAAACAGCGCGAGAAGCUACGGAAGAGAGAGCUGGAGCAGCAGCAGAAAGAUGCAUGCAAAGAAAGUGCAGCAGAGUGAAAUGAAUCCUCAGAUUACCUCUCACUUUACUGUAGCACCACACCAAGUAGCAUCUCGAGGAACAGAACAUCAGUAGGCCCCGCAAAUGAACCCUGAGGGACGCCUGCUCGGUGGUUCAAUAGUUCUCAGUGGUGGAGCUCCACGUCCAACUGUCAGCGGCUGUUGAGUGACUUUUCCACCAAGUAAAUUAAACCAAAACGAGCCGUUGGAUAUUAGAAUGCUGCCCUUCAUUCGCCUCAUUUUACACCCAUCCAAGCCAUUUAAGAAUUUACUGAGUUCUAUUUAUUUUGUUGUUUAUAGCUGUAAAUUGGGUUUAUUUAUUCAUAUCCAGAGUUAAUCUGUGAACAAUUAAUCUCCUCCUUAUAUCAUAUCAUCUUCAGAGCCACCUGAUACCCCAAACAGCACCUGUGGACAUAAAGCCCACGUACAUGUACAGUGAUAAAUACAGAUACAAAUAUGUCUGAUGUGCCAUUUCAAUAGACUUGUGUAUGUAUAUCAUGUACAGAUACAUAGAUCAGUGGAUCUAUUGCUUUGAUGAGCACAUCCAGGUCCAGUCUGUCCGGUGGAAUAUAUAAGGUGAUGCCCAUUUCCCACCACUGGGUGUCCCCACACUCCCUACUUUUACUACUGAAGAAGGCAACACUGGAACUUACCAAUAGGAACUAAACUGGGAAACAAGUUUCAAUGGCAGAAACAAGCUCUCUCCAUACUUGCAAGAACACUGGAAGUGCAAACACUGUAAAAUUCAUCCUGUGCACUGGCUCGCCGUGCUCCUUACAGUGUACAUGUACCAUGACAAGGACAUACUGUACUCACUGGACUUGCUCAAAUAGAGAUUUCAGGUACUGUGUAGUCAUUCAAUUUGUAACUUACCUAACCCGUAUCCACAAAAACAAACAAAAAAACGUGAUGAAAUGAAACUUCCUGCUUAUAUGCAUAAUGUUGCUUUGACUCCGCUUGUAACCCGCUUUUGACCUCUUUUUAUAUUCUCUCAGUAACGAAGUAAUACCCCGCCGCUGCCUUUAGAAAUUCUAUCGUAGUAGAAUUUUUUCUGAACUCUACCCGCUUCUGUGUGAGUAUCGAAACAUACAGUAGACUAAACUAAGUAAUCAAUGUCUUUUUAUCAUUUACCAACAAAUCACAUGUGUUCACCUUUGGAAUAUUCUCGAUAGCAUUUAGUAAUGCUGCCAUAUAGAUGGUUUCUAUGAAGGAGCAGUGGGAACAGAAGUUCUCUUAUGAAGAUUAUUGUACCGAUGCUUAGAUGUUAAACUGGAAUUUGCACCUGAUGGAUGCAUCAUAAUUUUAAUUUUAUUGUGAAAUUGAUUCAGUUAAGACUUGAUUUACUUGUUAGAUACCUUUGAAAUGAGCUCACUGAGAGACGAGUUUCCCUGUGUUACUUCUUCAUCAUUCCUAAGAACCCCUUAGGUUUACACUAAAUCGAGAGACACCUGAGUCACCGUGAUAGAAAUGAAGGCAGCUUUGGUGAUGGUUCCUUUUGUCUUAAGUACCCUGCCUGAUGCGCUGCUAAGAACAAAAAAAUAGCUGGGGUUGCACAUACUCUACAUCCAUGCAACACAACGGUAACACAAAUACCACUGAUAGGACUUAAUGUUAUUAUUUAUUUAUUCCUAACUUAUACAAAAUAGGAAGUAUUAUUAACACUUAGCAAUGACUUAUCCAGAAUUAUAUGAUUAUUUUCUUUUGCCAAAUCAUGAUUAAAUCAUUAAAAGUGAUUCACAGAGCUGUUAUCGAAUGGAGGAUGUGCAGUUGUUGGAAAUGGAAAGAAAGAUGAAAGUUGUAUUCUCCCAAUGUGCUUGUGGUUUUCCUCUUAACACAACCAUAGUGCUGCUCCAGUGCUACUCCAAUAAGUUGCUCAUGAUGUGUUCUUAUGAAAUAUUUUGUAACACUUGAACCUUUCUGUGAAUACCCCCGUCGGCAGACUGCACUCUUUUGACUCUUUUGUAUGUAUAGUAAAACCCUGAGAGCAAUAUGCUGUAAGAAUCCUAAAGAAGCCUUGUUUUAUAUCGUGUCAGUGUGUGUGUACGCAGUUUGUCAGAGGGCUGAGGUAGGCUCGAAGGUCAGACCAGAGCCCAAAAUGUGAAUCCAGGCCUAUUUUUUUUUUCUACGUGCUCAAGCGAGCAUGCCUGGCAUGAUGAAACCAACGAAUGGGUGAGACCCCCGGUGCUCCUGGCAGACGAAAACGUUUUUGAGUCGUGUCUGGAAGGGUUUGUCUUUUAUGUACGUAAAAAGCAAAAGAUAAUCGCCGCAAACUGCUAGCCAUGCUUUCACUCUUUAAAAAACAAAACAAAACAAGAAAAAAAAAACGUAUUCUCCUCCUCCUUUCCCUGUCAAUGCCUUGCUCUCAUUUUUCGCUUUCUGAAAAGUCUGAAAGGGCAGCUACCUGUCACACUGAAUAAAAUGUGCAGUCACUGUC